AUGGAUCAAUUUGCUCGGAUCUCUGGGCUGCAUAUAAACGCCUUUAAGUCAUCUAUCUUUGCUUCUGGUCAGACUGUAACUCCUAUGCUAAAUGAGGCAGAGCGGUUAGGGAUCAAGGCGGGGAAGCUACCAGUGAGGUACUUGGGCAUGCCACUUACCACCAAAGCUCUAUCGAAACAAGAGUAUGAGCCACUCACUGAUCAGGUGAGGGGAAGAAUGUUGGCAUGGAGAAACAAAUGCCUCUCCUACGCGGGUCGACUACAGCUGAUUAAAUCAACGCACAAGGCUAAAGUGGCAUGGGAGGACCUAUGUUGUCCUCUAGAAGAAGGAGGAUUGGGAAUAAGAAAGUUGCACUAUUCAUCUAAAGUCUUUGCUUUAAGCCUAAUCUGGAGGAUCAUCUCGAAAAAGAGCUCGAUGUGGGGAGGAUGCAAAAAGUUCUUGGAUUUGGAGAAAGCUGUUAAAGCUUCGGUCGCUAGCAUAUCUAGUGGAAGACUUAUUGACAUUACGGGUGCAGUGGGUACUUGUUAUCUUGGCAUUGCCCGCGAUGCUAGAGUAUGUGAGGCGGUCACUCAAGCGCAAUGGAGUGUCAGAAGACAUAGGAUUCGGCAUUUCCAUGAGCUACAUGCCCGCAUUCAGAGAGAACCGGUCCCUGAUGAUCAACAAGGACAAGAUGUGAUCCUGUGGAAUCACUCCGAUGACAAUUUCAAACCAUGGUUCUGUUCAGCGCGCACUUGGGAUCAGAUCAGGCAAAAGAAGGCCACAGUUUUAUGGAACAAGAGUGUUUGGUUCACGCAAGGAGUACCGAGAUUCUCCUUUAUAGUCUGGUUGGCUGUGAGGAACAGACUAUCAACAGGAGACCGAAUGAGAGCUUGGGGGAUUCAUCAAGGCUGUCUUUUGUGUGGAGAGAGGGAUGAAACACGGGACCAUGUCUUCUUCGUGUGUCCCUAUUCUUUUACAGUGUGGGACAAGUUAGCUAACAGACUGAGUGGUAACAGAACGGAUCCUGAUUGGACGACCUCGCUGCAGUUUUUAAGCGCAAACAACCUGCAGAUAAUGGACAAGAUACUGCUCAAGAUGGUCUUUCAAACCACCAUCUACCAUUUAUGGCAAGAAAGAAACCGAAGAAGGCAUCAGACAGGCCAUCGCACGGUUGAUCAAACAGUCCGAGUCAUUGACAAGGCAAUGAGAAACAGAAUCUCCUCUCUUCGCUACAGAGCUGACCAUAAAUUCACUGGUUUGAUGCAGAGAUGGUUUGAAGUCUAA